AUGAUGUUCUCCCCUUCCCGAUUCUCAAACAUUUCUCACCUCAUAACGCCUUCCAGCUCAAUCGCCAACGGUCGUGCCGAACAGUCCAACGUUGCCGUCAACUGCUCCAACAACCUUCCAUUGUUUAUGAUAACUUCUCCAUCGGACGUAGCAGCGUCCUCAACUAUCCCAUAUCCAUCAACUGUCGAGCUAUCCUCAUCUGAUAAUCUUCCUAACGAAAACUCCCGUCUUGGGUGA